AUGUCGACGGUUCUGUAUCACCUGGUGACUCACAUUGUGGACGUACCCUUUUGUCUCGCCCGCAGCGCCGAGGAGCGCGUAUACGGAUGCAGCUUGUCCUUAGCCACUGCGGCGUGUCCAAGAACGAAGCUUGUGAUGCGAAAUUCAGACAAGGCGUCCGACCUCGCACAGCUCAUUGACAAAUGGAGCGCCGGCAUCGUCGCACUGGCCGAACGUAUUAUUGGUGCCCGACAGCUCAAGCCAGGGGCUCACCGCUUCACCGUAACAGGCGACUGGGAACCCACGUGCACGGACUCCAUUCUCACUCGUGGGGAAGAGGCUGCACUGGCCUGCCUCCGCAGCGGGGUUUCGCACAAAUACGGAUGGCUGCCACGGCCACUGCAACCCGCCAUCCCGAGCACAUUCUGUUGGUGCGGCCCGGAUGCCUCACAACAGGCACGCAAAAGAGUUCACACGGAAACGCCUCCUCCUCCUGCUGGACCCCACCACGCCACGAUCCGACGCCCGGCAGACUGCCCGGUUUGCGGCAAGCACCGCAGCUGCCGCACUAGUGUCGUGACGCACAUGGUUAACGCCCAGGGCAUUACGCGCUCUCCCAGCCGCUGCGGGAGUUCAGCUUUCCCGGUGAGCCGGAACCGCCAGAAAUCCCACCGGAACCACCGCCCAGCACUUGAGCGAGGACGAGAGCGAGAGAAGGCACACCGAUCGCACCUCCGCCGCAGACUGCACAGGCCAGGCCGAAGCCACUCUCAUGCAGUUUCCGCAUGGCGUCGUGCGAAAGGCAAGCCGGAAUUGUAUUUCAUCUUCAGCACUUCCACAAGCAAGAGUUCCCCCGACAAAUAG